AUAACUCGUGAUAACUUUCAUUUUUUUUCAUUUUUAAUACAUUCAUUCUUCUAACUGCUGCUACCGAUAAUAAAAUUAACUAAACGCGUGUGCUUUGAAUAGAAGAGAGAGAGAAAUAAAGAGAAAGUGAAAGAGAGAUGGGUACUACAGAUACCGCACCAAUUGUCAAAAAAGUAUUAUUAAAUGAAAGUAAUGACAUUAGCGAAGAUUAUGGACCGAAUUUAAAAUUAUUACCCUGUAACAAUCAAGUUAAAGAAUUACAAACAAUUUUACGAGACAAAAAUACCACGAGGAGUGACUUUAAGUUCUAUGCCGAUCGUUUGAUUAGGCUUGUUAUUGAAGAAAGUUUAAACCAACUGCCUUUUUCUAAACGCGUAGUUAUAACGCCAACCGGAUCAGAAUACAGUGGUUUAAAAUAUCAAAAAGGUAAUUGCGGUGUUUCUAUCAUAAGAAGCGGAGAAGCUAUGGAACAAGGCUUAAGAGAUUGUUGUCGUAGUAUCAGAAUCGGUAAGAUACUUGUAGAAAGUGAUGCAGAUACGCACGAAGCUAGAGUCGUUUAUGCCAAAUUCCCAGAUGACAUAGCAGAAAGGAAAGUCUUAUUAAUGUACCCUAUAAUGGGUACAGGAAAUACUGUGAUAAAGGCCAUAGCUGUCUUAAAAGAACAUAAUGUGUUAGAAGAAAAUAUCAUCUUGUCAAAUUUAUUUUGUACACCAACAGCAGCCAAAACUCUAGUCACUGUCUUUCCCAAGAUGAAGAUCCUGACCUCAGAGAUUCAUUGUAUUGCACCGAACCACUUUGGACAAAAAUACUUUGGGACAAUUUAUUACAACAUAGGAGAGACAGGUGUACAAUGGGAGAAUUUUUGAAGAAAAUCUAAUAGA